CUUGCUUCAGGACCAAGACUCAAGAGACAGUCUGUCCGGCUCCCGUCUCCUAAGUUGAAUUUGCCAGGGGAAGCUGAGAAGCUGUCAGUGUUGUCAAGGGCGCAAGAACACUAACGACGAGGGCCUGUAAGAGAAGCCGAUCAGACGAAGAGGAGAAGGCGCGCGAAGAAGCUCGUCCAAGCUAUCCCAGACCUUUCAGAAGCAUCCAAGAUGGCCAGCGCUGUGUGUGGCCUUGCCGGGUCUGCUGCCCUGUCUGGCGCUUCCCUCUCGCGUUCUGCCCGCAGGUCGGCGGACCGCGCCAUCACCAAGAGCUUGGUCAAGCUGACUAAGUCGCCUGUCCUCCGCUCCUCCCUUCUUGGGGCUCACCUGAGCAGGUCGGCUGCUUUUGAGUCCCUUCGCCCUCGCAUCUCUGCAAUCAGGGCUUCCUCUUCCCAGGACUCUACCAAGCAGCUGUCGGCCGCAGCUCUUGCUGCUCUGGUCGCUUCCCUGUCUGUUGGGGGUGUCGCGCACGCAGCGGAUGUGUCCCCACCUCCGGUAAUUGAGAAGGUGCAGAGCGCUUUGCCCCAGGCGGCGAACCCAUUUGCCGGGGGUGCACAGACUGCCCCCCCUGUGAAGGCGUCCGACCUUCCAGAGGGGUCCAACUGGCGGUACAGCGAGUUCAUCAAUGCGGUCAAGGCGGGAAAGGUGGAGCGCGUGCGGUUUGCAAAGGAUGGGAGCCAGUUGCAGCUGACUGCCACUGACGGGCGUAGGGCCAAUGUUGUCGUCCCCAACGACCCUGAUCUUGUUGACAUCCUGGCAGCCAAUGGCGUCGACAUCUCGGUGUCCGAGGGCGACCAGGCGGGGGGGUACAUCAACAUUCUAGGGAACCUCCUGUUCCCCCUCCUCGCUUUCGGGGGGCUGUUCUUCCUCUUCCGGCGCGCACAGGGAGGCCAGGGCGGCCCUGGGGGCCUGGGUGGUCCCAUGGACUUUGGCAAGAACAAGAGCAAGUUCCAGGAGGUUCCUGAGACUGGCAUCCUCUUUGAGGAUGUUGCGGGUGUGGAUGGCGCCAAGCUAGAGCUGCAGGAGGUGGUUGACUUCCUGAAGAAUCCCGAUAAGUACACCGCUCUGGGGGCCAAGAUCCCCAAGGGGUGCCUGCUGGUGGGACCCCCUGGAACAGGAAAGACGCUCCUGGCCAAGGCGGUGGCUGGCGAGGCUGGCGUGCCAUUCUUCUCAUGCGCAGCGUCUGAGUUCGUGGAGCUGUUCGUUGGUGUUGGUGCGUCCAGAGUCAGGGACCUGUUCGAGAAGGCCAAGGCCAAGGCUCCCUGCAUCGUCUUUAUUGACGAAAUUGACGCUGUCGGCAGGCAGCGUGGGGCCGGUAUGGGCGGAGGCAACGAUGAGCGGGAACAGACCAUCAACCAGCUUCUGACAGAGAUGGAUGGUUUCCAGGGCAACUCUGGAGUCAUUGUGCUGGCAGCCACAAACAGGCCCGACGUGCUUGACUCUGCGCUGCUGCGGCCCGGGCGGUUCGACAGGCAGGUUACGGUGGACCGGCCAGACGUCCAGGGACGCAUCAAGAUUCUGCAGGUCCACUCCAAGGGCAAGCAGCUCUCUGCUGACGUUGACUUCGACAAGAUCGCGCGCCGCACGCCCGGUUUCACCGGUGCUGACCUGCAGAACCUGAUGAACGAGGCGGCCAUUCUGGCAGCCAGGCGUGAGCUUAAGGAGAUCUCCAAGGAGGAGAUUGCGGACGCCCUGGAGAGGAUUAUCGCCGGGCCCGAGAAGAAGAACGCCGUUGUUUCGGAGGAGAGGAAGAAGCUGGUGGCAUACCACGAGGCUGGUCAUGCCAUCGUCGGUGCUUUGAUGCCCGAGUACGACCCGGUUGCCAAGAUCUCAAUCAUCCCUAGGGGGGGUGCCGGAGGGCUGACGUUCUUCACCCCCUCUGAGGAGCGCCUCGAGUCUGGGUUGUACAGCCGGAGCUACCUUGAGAAUCAGAUGGCGGUUGCUCUGGGGGGCAGAAUUGCGGAGGAGAUCAUCUAUGGCGAGGAUGGGGUGACCACGGGCGCCAGCAACGAUUUCCAGCAGGUGUCCCGGGUUGCCAGGCAGAUGGUGGAGCGCUUCGGGUUCAGCAAAAAGAUUGGACAGCUGGCACUUGGCGGAGGGGGUGGUCCCAGCUUCCUGGGGCAGAGCGCAGGGCAGCCACAGGAUCACUCGAUGGCCACUUCCGACCUCAUCGAUUCUGAGGUUCGGGAACUAGUAAACAGGGCUUACACCAGGGCGAAGACCCUGCUCACCCAGCACAUUGAUAUUCUUCACGCUUUGGCCAACCGGCUAAUUGAGAAGGAGACCGUAGAUGCUGAGGAGUUCAUCAGCCUGUUCAUUGAGAACCAGGCGGAGUUGUAUGUCCAGUAGAAGAGUGUUCCGGAAGUUUCGAGUUGUACAGCGUAGGUAAUGCUCAAGGAUAUUGUGGUUCUACCAUGCUGAGAAAGCAAACACUAUGCCAGCCAUUCAUUUGUCUAAUUUUGAACGUUGAUCUCUUGAUGCCAGGCAUCUAGAAGCAACAAACACUUGGCAGCAUCUUGGAAAAGCGCUAAUAGUAUGUGUGCAUGUGUUGCAAUGGGGCUGCUGUUGUCAGGAUUGAUCAAAUGAUCUGGAGUUCAAACUGAGUGGAAUCCUCCCAACACAAACGAUCUUAGACAUUGAAAGCUGACUUUUUGUUGUGAACGUACUGUCUCCGGCCUGGGGCUAUUUUAGAAUGUGUGCACAUAAAUGCGUC